GUUUAAUGAGCGCUCCGAUCAUGCAGGAGUAAAAGUUCAGGUGGAACAGUUGAACAGUUGAGCGCUUGCACACACGCCCGCUGCUCCAGAGCUGCUUUCCAAUGAAAGAGUAAGGAUUCGGGGGGGAAACUGCGCAGGGAAUAUCUUUAUUUUAACGCCUGGAGGAUUAUUUUCCCUUCUCAGGUUGGGAGGUUAGACAAGGACAUCUGGCUGACCUGCUGAACCAGCACACCUCCAUCAUGAUGAGAACAUCACUCACUGCUGUUUGUCUUGCGCUCCUCCUGUCCUGUGCUUGCUGGGCCAAGCCUAACGGAUCAAAGAACAAGAAACCAAAGCAAGUUGUUCCAGCCAUAGAGUGUGAUGUCAGAGCAGGGAAGAUCAAUCUCCCAGAGUUCAUAGCAAAAUGUCCUGCACACUGUAAGGAGACAAAGCAGCAAGUCUAUGGGACCGGCGUGUUCGCCUCCAUCUCCAGCAUCUGCAAUGCAGCCAUCCACAGCGGUAUCAUCACCAACACAGGAGGAAAGGUGAUAGUGAGGAAGAUGGCAGGGCAGAACAUCUACAAAGGCAGUAACUCCAAUGGAGUGCGCUCUCUGUCUCUGCCGAAGUGGAGGGAGUCGUUCGUUGUCUCCGUGGGGAAGCCCAAGAAAGGAGUGAUCUACCCAUCUACUCUGGACUACGUCCCCUCAAGACCAACCUACGUGAAAACUAGUCAAAAGGAGGCCAAAUCCCCUGUGGUCACAACAGCGCUGCCUCUGACAACAGCACCUGAACCCACCACAACUACAACACCUGAGCCCACCACCACACUGGCUCCGACCACCACCACAACCACUACUACUCCACCCACUACUACCAAGCCGCGUGCUGCUGUCCAUAAAGUUAGGGAUGCAGGCAGCAGUCACCCAUACCUAGCCUCAAGACAGUCACAGAAUGGGCAAGGAAAGAGUCCCAGCCAAGUAUUCAGAGGAAGUGCCUAUCCGAAUAGAUUCCCGCAACGUGUCAGUGCAGGUCUGCGCAGACCAGAGGCAGGGUCGACUAUCAGGAGACAGCCGUCCUCUCCAGUUGGCCCAGCUUUUAACAGGGUUCAGCCGGCUCAACCCGAGCGGACUCCAACCAUGAGCCAGUCAAACCCCGCUUUUCCCAGAAGGGAUUGGGCGCCUCCCUCCUUUCCUCGUCCUGAUUGGUUCCCAGCCGCUCGACGACCAGCAGAUGUUAGUUAUGCAGCCCCAGACUCAGGAUACACGUGGAGCGAGACGGACACACCUGAGAUUACAGCUCGGGAUCACAGGCCUGAUAUCUCAGAAUAUGAGCGCUGGUUUUAUAACUUUGGACCGUACCUGCCUCGCUCUACUGACUCAGAUGGCAACCGUAAAGUGCCAUUGGAUACAACCCAUACUAGAGUGGAGCCAGUGGACGCCUGGAAGCCAGACACAAAUCCUUAUGAAUCAGGCUUCAUCGUGAGGGAGCAGGAACCUGCACCCAGAGCACCGGAGCCUGUGUCACAGGGAGACCCAAAUUGUAAGGUGGACAUGGCCUUCCUGAUGGAUGGGAGCUGGAGCAUUGGGAAGAGGCGCUUUAAGAUCCAGAAGGACUUCCUGUCAGAGGUGGCUCAGGUCAUCAGCGUGGGUGUGGCUGGACCCAUGAUGGGCAUCAUCCAAUACGGGGAUGACCCUGUGACGGAGAUCAGUCUGAGGUCUUACUCCAACUCCAGAGAGGUGAAGUCAGCCAUAGAAAAGAUCGGGCAGAAGGGAGGCCUCUCCAAUGUAGGAAAGGCCCUCUCCUACAUCAACAAGCACUUCUUCAGUGAUGCCAACGGAAACCGAGGAGGAGCUCCCAACGUCGCCGUGGUGCUGGUGGACGGCUGGCCCACAGACAAGGUGGAGGAGGCGUCUCGGCUCGCUCGUGAGUCGGGCAUCAACAUAUUCUUCGUCACCAUCGAGGGCCCUGAUGACAACGAGAAACUUAACCUGGUUGAGACCAACUUUGUUGACAAGGCUGUGUGUCGGACCAACGGCUUCUUCUCCCUGCCAGUGACCAGCUGGUUCGCUCUGAGGAAGGCCGUGCAGCCCCUGGUGAAGAGAGUGUGUGACACGGACCGCCUGGUGUGCAGCAAAACCUGCCUCAACGCCAACGACAUCGCCUUCGUCAUUGACGGCUCCAGCAGCGUGGGGACUGGGAACUUCCGCACAGUGCUGCAGUUCGUGGCCAACAUCACCCGGGAGUUUGAGAUCUCUGACACCGACACGCGGGUCGGAGCCGUGCAGUACACCUACGAGCAGAGGCUGGAGAUUGGCUUCGGCCAGUACAACAACAAGGCCGAGCUGCUGAACGCCAUCAAACGCGUCAACUACUGGAGCGGCGGGACGAGCACUGGUGCCGCAAUCACCUACGCCGCGGAGCAGCUUUUCAGCAAAUCCAAACCCAACAAACGCAAGAUCAUGAUCGUCAUUACAGAUGGGCGCUCCUACGAUGACGUCAGGGUACCUGCACUGGCUGUCCAUAGCCAAGGUGUGGUCGCCUACUCCAUCGGCAUUGCCUGGGCAGCCCAGGAUGAGCUGGAGUACAUCGCCACGGACCCUGACAAGGAGCACUCCUUCUUCGUGGACGAGUUUGACAACCUCUACAAAUUUGUACCCAAGAUCAUCCACAACAUCUGCCAGGAGUUCAACUCCCAGCCCAGGAACUGAGGCCAGACGGGUGGAGGGGAGGGAGACCCGGGGGCCGUCUUAACAGAACACUGUUUGUAAAUUGACUCACUCUGUUGCCCAGAUGGCGGUGCUGGAUUGGCUGCAGCGCCCCAUAUUUGAACAGGGAGGGGGUUUUGAAUUUAGGUGAGGAGUGUGGGUUUGGACAAAACAAAUCUUAAAGUGAAUCUGCAUUCGGCCCCAAAUAUACAGACGGUGCUAACGGUUGGGGGUUUGCAUUCACAGUGACCUAUUGACAUCUCAUGUUUACUGCGGUGCCUGUUGUUCUCUGUUGAUGUCAUGAAUAGAACAGAGUAUUACUAAUCAUUUAAUAAGUCAUCCUUUAUUAAGGGAAUAUAAAUUGUAAAUAAGGGUGUUUAUUAAUGUUAAUAAAGCAUUUACUGAUGCUUUAUUGAUCAGUUAGAAGGCAUUAAUCAGAACAACAUUUGGGUUGUCAAAUAUCCCCCGACAGUAGAUGGUGUAACUUUUUCUGUCUUUUAAGCUUUUUAUUUCCCUUUUUAGUUGACCCCUGACCUUCUGUAAUAGAGCUGAAUAGCUGGACCAGCUUGUGCAAGUUUUCAGUGUUUACUAACUGAAUAUUUGAUGGCUUAAAUUUUAACUACAAACAGGUAAAGUGGAGGAGCCAAAAGGGAUGUUUUGCCAACCCAAAAGUUAAAGCCCUCAAAUACAAUUUACAGAACCUUUACAAAGGAUGCCUUAUUAUGAAGUGGUUUAAAACGAUUAACAAACAUAAAGCUACCUUACUGGUAUAUGGUGCUUGCGAUUGUAGAUUUAAAGCAUGCCUAGCACUUCCUCUUAUGGCUCAACAUACUUCAUAAACUUAAUAAUAUGGUGCUUUUUUAUACAAUUCUCUGUAAAGAGGAUAUACUUUCUUAGAAUUGGUGCAUAUUAAUCUUCCUAAUAGGAGAGAUUUGAUAGUGGGGACAUUGUUAAAGUUCCUCUCAAAGACUAUGGUGCUGAUAUCGCCGUUGGUAUGAGUGGUAGCUGAAAUGAAGAUUAUGUGAAAGGCAAAUCAACAACACGGAACAAAAAAGAGGACUUGUGUGAGAAUUGAAGAAAGAGGAGCUUGUAUAGCUUUGUAAAGAGUGAAAGCAAUUCAUCUCAUCACUCUUGUUUUUUAACAGUGUGGUGGCUUCUAACGUUGCAGGCAUUUCUCAGUGUUGAUGAAAGAGUAUUUAUGAUUUUCUUCCUGUUGUAUCCUGUUUGUACAUAUGCAUAUUAAAAGCCUUUCGCUUAUAAUGUUCAUAAUUGAUCAAUAUUUUUUUGUGCAAUUUUUAAUAAAAUAAAAAGAAUUA